AGAUAGUGCUCCAUGCGCCGUUGGGUUGCAGAAUCCCACCUUAUUUUGAUUACGUAAAACCUUAUUUAAAUGUUUAUAGUAUUAUGAGUGUGCGAAGUUGAAAGAAGCUUAACAUGUGGCUGAAACUGAUGUUGGCAGUGCUCUGCUGGAAUUUAGCGAGUGCUGAUAUCGACAGACGCCGAAACUCAAAUCCUACUUAUUACAAUGUUGGCGGUGUCCUAUCAAGUAACGAGUCGGUUGCCUUCUUCAAAGAUACAAUAUCUAAUCUAAACUUCAAAGACAAGUAUGUGCCUCGCGGUGUAACCUACCAUGAUUACUCAAUUUUGAUGGACCCUAAUCCAAUUAUGACAGCACUGAAUGUCUGUAAAGAUCUUAUUGCUCAUCGGGUCUACGCAGUAAUAGUAUCCCAUCCAAUAACAGGCGACCUCUCACCCGCUGCAGUAUCUUACACCAGCGGUUUCUACCACAUACCGGUUAUUGGGAUUUCUUCGAGGGACUCGGCAUUUUCCGACAAAAAUAUUCAUGUAUCAUUUCUACGUACCGUACCGCCAUAUUCCCAUCAGGCUGAUGUGUGGGUGGAUGUUCUAAAACAUUUCAAUUACAUGAAAGUUAUUGUUAUACACAGCUCCGAUACGGAUGGUAGAGCCAUCUUGGGACGAUUUCAAACUACAUCACAAAGUGUAGACGAAGAUGUUGACAGAAAAGUUGUCGUUGAACAAGUGAUUGAAUUUGAACCGGGAUUAGACUCAUUUAACGAAAAACUUAUUGAUGUCAGAAGUGCACAAGCUAGAGUAUUUCUAAUGUAUGCAAGUAAAACAGAUGCCGAGAUAAUUUUUCGUGAUGCAACCUACAUGAAUAUGACUACAUCUGGCUACGUCUGGAUGGUCACAGAACAAGCAUUAGAUGCCGCUAAUGCUCCUGAGGGACUAUUGGGAUUGAGGCUGGUAAACGCCACAAAUGAACACGCUCACAUACAGGACUCUAUCUAUGUCCUAGCAUCAGCAAUACGCGAAAUGAACAAAACUGAAGAGAUAAACGCUCCACCAUCGGAUUGUGAUAAUUCUGGCUCGAUAUGGCAGACUGGACAGGUUCUUUUUGAUUAUAUAAGGAGGCAAAGGUUAGAGAAUGGUGCUACUGGGCAUGUGGCCUUCGAUGACCAUGGCGAUAGAGUCCAUGCGGAGUACGACAUGGUCAAUAUAAGAGCGGAAGGCGAGCAUGUAGCAGUUGGAAAAUAUUUUUAUUCUAAGGAAACUCAAAAAAUGCGCCUCGAACUAAAGGAACACGAAAUCAUAUGGAUGGGACGCAGCUCGUCUAAGCCUGAAGGAUUUAUGAUUCCAACACAUUUGAAGGUAGUAACCAUAGAAGAGAAACCUUUUGUAUACGCCCGUCGAGUUGAGGAUAUUCUCGAUUGUACUAGCGAAGAAAUUCCUUGUCCACAUUUCAAUGUUAGCGAAGAAGCUGAUCAAUUGUACUGCUGCAAAGGUUUCUGUAUGGACCUUCUAACCUAUUUGUCACGAGCCAUAAACUUUACAUUCUCGUUAGCACUAUCGCCUGAUGGACAGUUCGGGUCUUAUGUAUUUAAGAAUAUCUCUCAACCAGGAUCGAAGAAGGAAUGGACAGGACUCAUUGGCGAAUUAGUAUAUGAACGCGCUGAUAUGAUUGUAGCGCCGUUGACAAUAAACCCCGAACGUGCUGAAUUCAUUGAAUUUAGUAAACCAUUUAAAUAUCAAGGCAUUACAAUUUUGGAAAAGAAGCCAUCAAGAUCAUCGACACUUGUGUCAUUCUUGCAACCGUUCUCAAAUACAUUAUGGAUUUUGGUGAUGGUAUCGGUUCACGUUGUGGCCUUAGUACUUUACUUGUUGGAUAGAUUCUCACCAUUCGGUCGGUUUAAAUUGGCUAAUAUUGAUGGUACUGAGGAGGAUGCUUUGAAUUUGUCCAGUGCGAUUUGGUUUGCGUGGGGAGUUUUACUCAACAGUGGAAUUGGCGAAGGAACUCCCCGCAGUUUCUCCGCUCGCGUUUUAGGCAUGGUAUGGGCUGGUUUUGCGAUGAUCAUAGUUGCAUCAUACACAGCUAACUUAGCUGCUUUCCUUGUGCUUGAGAGGCCCAAAACUAAGUUAAGUGGCAUUAAUGACGCAAGGCUCCGUAACACAAUGGAGAACUUAACAUGCGCUACAGUGAAAGGUUCGGCUGUGGACAUGUACUUCCGUCGGCAGGUGGAAUUGUCGAAUAUGUAUCGUACUAUGGAAGCCAAUAACUAUGACAAUGCUGAACUGGCUAUACAAGAUGUUAAGGACGGGAAGUUGAUGGCGUUCAUUUGGGAUUCUUCACGACUAGAAUUCGAAGCUGCGCAGGAUUGCGAACUUGUGACCGCUGGGGAACUGUUCGGAAGGUCAGGCUAUGGAGUGGGACUGCAAAAGGGAUCCCCAUGGGCAGAUUUAGUUACACUGGCGAUAUUGGACUUUCAUGAAAGCGGUAUAAUGGAAUCGUUUGACAACAAGUGGAUAUUACAAAACAACAUGUUAAAUUGCGAGGAAAACGAAAAAACGCCAAACACUUUGGGUUUAAAAAACAUGGCGGGCGUAUUUAUAUUGGUAUUAGCUGGUAUCAUCGGCGGAAUCGUCCUCAUUGUUAUAGAAGUCGUGUAUAAGAAGCAUCAAAUAAAGAAACAGAAGAGAAUGGAAAUAGCACGACACGCAGCCGAUCGUUGGCGUGGAGCAGUCGAGAAACGAAAGACAUUACGAGCGGCAAUAUUACCAUCACAGAGGCGUGCCAAAUCCAAUGGUUUGAAGGAAGCUGGGAGUAUUAGCCUCGUUGUUGAUAGAGGAGCUAGAAGAAGGGACGAAGUGCCACGUAUACCACGUUAUAGUCCCGCCUACACUCCUGACGUAUCCCAUCUAGUCAUAUGAAUGGUGGUACUAAAUACUGGUCAUAUAAAUGUACUGGUGGUAAUAUACCACCUAGCGAUCCCUUCUUAUACCUAAGAAAACUAAGUAGAAGUAUAUUUAGAAUAUUAAAACAAACAAAUUCGGUAUGAGAGAUUCCUUGAACCAUACAAAUUCUUUGCAACGGUGGCCUAGUGGCGCCUUUUGUAUUUAUAUAAAAGUAGUCACUAAGGGUGUGCUUAUGUGUAAAUGUCACUCCCAAAUAAUUAAUUAGUAAGCUGAAACAAUAGCGUUGGUCGCAAACUAUUUUUAUUUAGGUGUAUAUGUAUUUAAAUCAAAUGUUCCGAAUCCCUACAAUUAUAUAAAAAAUAAGGUACAUAAUAGUUUUAGAGGCGUAACGGUACUGUUUCUAACUACUGACUUUAUAAUCAUGAGUAGGUAAUCAUUGUACAGAUUACAGCGUUGUGACUUGUGGGUUCCGCUAAUUGUUCAAAUUGAGGAAAAUAGAUCACUAGUGGAUCAAAAAUCAAAUAGGUAUAUUGUGUAUUUUACUGGUUAAUAAAUUGCUCAAUACGUAACUAAGUUCUAUUUAAAUAUUACACUUACAUUAAUAACAAUCCAAAGUUUGGCCUAAAUUUUUAUUUACAAAAAAUAUA